AACUUACACGUAUCGAACGCCCUUCAAGCGUUUGUGUGUUUAAGUGAACCGCCUGGCCUUAUCGCUUUCACUUCAAUAGGCAACAAUGGUGGCCAAAAUCGGAGCUCCCGCGCCUGCCUUCAAGGCCCAGGCCGUCGUUGAUGGUCAGAUCAAGGAGAUCAGCCUUGCUGACUACAAGGGCAAGUACGUUGUCCUGUUCUUUUACCCUCUGGACUUCACCUUCGUUUGCCCCACGGAGAUUGUGGCCUUCUCGGAUCGCGUUGAUGAGUUCAAGGCCAUCAACUGCGAGGUGAUUGGUGCCAGCAUCGACAGCCAGUUCACCCACCUGGCGUUCAGCAACACCCCCCGCAACAAGGGUGGCCUGGGCGGCUGCAAGUACCCCCUGGUUGCUGACCUGACCAAGCAGAUCUCCAAGGACUACGGUGUCCUGAUUGAGGACGGCCCAGACGCCGGUGUCACCCUGCGCGGCCUGUUCAUCAUCAGCCCCACCGGCGUGCUGCGCCAGAUCACCAUCAACGACCUGCCCGUGGGCCGCAGCGUGGAUGAGACCCUGCGCCUGGUCAAGGCUUUCCAGUUCACGGACGAGCACGGCGAGGUCUGCCCCGCCAACUGGGCCCCCGGCUCCAAGACCAUGAAGGCCGACCCCGUCAAGUCGCUGGACUACUUCAGCACCCUGGCGUAAGCAGCAGCACCCCUAGCAGCUGCUGCAGGGAGACUGAAGACCCAUGGGUCGCACCUGCAGCAGCUUGACUGUUGCGGCUGGAGCACCCAAGGACUUGUAGCUGAGUUGCAGGUUUUCCCGCAGUUUUUAUUGUCGUUGUUUCGGGCUUGCAACCUCAUACACGUAUCUUGUUUUUGUGUGAGGUAGCGCGUCGGUUGUUGCGGCUUGUUGGAUGUUGCUCUUGUGUGCGCGUGUGUGGCAGGUACGCGCAGUUGGCAGUGCAAAAGCAUGCAUGUGUGCUGCAGCAGCAGCAGGGCAUGCACCAGCAGCGGUGAUGUAUGUUAAAGAGUCGCAAUGAGGGGAGGGUGGGUGGGUGCGUUGCAGCGGCCGUUAGCCAGCGCUGGUCGCGUUGCGCCCCUGCACUCAGGGGAGCCCAUCCUAUCCCAGGCUAUCGUUGCUAUUGUUGGCAUUGCAGUUUGCCGUGAGUAGGUGUGCUUGGCUUGUCAUAGGUGUUGCAGACGGAUGCUGUGUGGUGGGUGGAUUCGGUUGCCAGGGUAUUGUACGUGCGCCCUGCAAUGGCGGCCACCUUGUAACCCGGUCAGGUUGGAC